ACUGACCAAUCAGACUAUUGAUUUAUUUCGGCCAAUAAGCGGUAAGCAAUUUGAGGCCUUCCCGGUGGCGUUGUUUAGACCGACCGACAAGACGUGUACAUUUUAAUGUACAUUGCUUUUCUUAUACGUUAACCAUGCCGUAUGCUAACCAGCCAAUAGUGAAGAUCACAGAACUGACGGAUGAGAAUGUUAAGUUUGUCAUUGAGAACACCGACCUGUCGGUUGCGAAUUCCAUCCGACGUGUCUUUAUGUCAGAAGUUGCAACAAUAGCUAUUGAUUGGAUUCAAAUUGAUGCAAAUUCUUCUGUGAUCCACGACGAGUUUAUUGCUCACAGAGUGGGUCUUAUUCCCCUUACCAGUGAUGAUGUUGUGGACAAGAUGCAGUACUCCAGAGACUGUACAUGUGACGAUUUCUGCCCAGAAUGCUCUGUUGAACUGACACUAGACGUUCGCUGCACAGAGGACCAGACCCGCCAUGUGACCUCACGAGACCUGCUGUCCAACCACCCUCGAGUCAUUCCUGUGACCUCCAAGAGUCGAGACAAUGAUCCCAAUGACUAUGUUGAACAGGAUGACAUUUUGCUUGUGAAGCUUAGGAAGGGUCAGGAGCUGCGUCUCAGAGCUUAUGCCAAAAAGGGUUUUGGCAAGGAGCAUGCCAAGUGGAACCCUACAGCAGGGGUGUCCUUUGAGUAUGACCCAGACAAUGCACUGAGGCACACUGUUUAUCCACGGCCAGAGGAAUGGCCAAAGAGUGAAUACUCAGAGAUUGAGGAGGAUGAGGUGCAAGCACCCUUUGACCCCAAUGGCAAACCUGAGAGGUUCUAUUAUAACGUGGAGACAUGUGGCUCACUGCGACCGGAGACCAUCGUCAUGUCUGCUCUGGCAGUGCUGAAAAAGAAACUGAGUGAUUUACAGACCCAGCUGAGUCACGAAAUCCAGAGUGAUGUCCUCACGAUCAACUGAGUCCUGCCGUUUUAGCCAGUUCUACACUGCUCACAGAGAUCAGAAGCAGACCCAGUUCCAAAUGAUGGAUUUAUUUGAUGGUAGCAAAUUUGUGAUAUUGGUAGGAGAAAUGUUGAUCCAACCAUAUCAGAUCACCUACUGAUAUCGUCUAUUGUUUCUACAUCAUCCACCAUAUUGUUUUGUCUACAUCUCCGCUUUGUAGAAGUUGUUUGCAGGAUUCUUUUUUUUAAAUUGUAUUUUGUAUAAUGAACCUUUUUUUUCAAUAAACCCCCAUUUUCAUCCA